AUGAUUCGCAUCGAGAACCAACACACAUACAGCUUGAAAAACUCUUAUGGAAGCACUGCUGUUGACCUCUCGGGUGGUGAUAAUUACUCCAUCAUCGGUUAUCACCCCCACGAUGGUUCCAACCAGGCGUGGAUCUUCCAGCAGGAUGGCGACCAGAACGGAUGGUUCAUAAAGUCAUUGCGCUCUGGAAAAUAUCUUGGGGUUGAAGGCUGCCCCAAUGAUGGCAGUGCGGUUGUUGUUGUUUCGAACCCCUUUAAGUGGGAUGUCAAAGACUCCGACCUUGAAAACGCUAAAGGCAUUAGGAUAUUGGUCCACGGCACUAAUUUUAGCUUAGACCUUGACUACGGAAAUUCGGCAAACCACACGAAAGUUCAGAUUUGGGGCAGCUGGCCUGGCGCCAAUCAAAUUUGGGGACUUGUCGAGCGUCAAUGA